GAUUCCCAUAGAUAGAGAGUCGCCUUUGUGCGCUACGAAGGACAGUGGCCCCGUUAGGCCUAUUAGUCGAGAAUCUGUCAGCGACGGGACCUACUUGAGAAGGUUGUAUCAAAGGGUGGAAGGGGGCUUAGGGCUGGUUUGCCCUGGCAUGCGGCGUUGCCCGCUCCGUUGGCAUGGUCAGUGCGCGCCUGGGCUAGCACUUGCACCUCGCUGACUUGUGCUCACUGCUCUGCCGAACUGCGACUGCCUCUUUGGAGCUCAACGUAGCUUCGUAUGGACUCGAGGCAGCGGCACCUAGAACACCAGAGCACCAGUUUGCGCCAUCUCCUUCUUCUUUGGCUUGACUUGCUACCUGGCUUUACAGCGUACAUCUUUUGUUUUCCGCUUAGGUACAACUCCCGUGGUCUGUUUCAAGCGUUUCCUGCUACUGUCCUAUUACAUUCUUGCCGGGUUGCGCCCGUUAUGAAGGGGAGCAGACGUUUAGGAUAUUCCGAGCCGUCCUCGAAAAUGUCGUAUUCGACCCGACGGGAAGCCGUUGAAACAAGCAUUCAUUUAUCAGACCCGGGACUGGGGCACGAAAUUUCCGGAGAACCUCGAUAUCCCGCAUCGGUACUCGGGGUCGUUGGAUCGCCUUGGCAUGGUACCGGAUCUCCCAUGAUCCCAUCAACAUCAUCUUUCAUCGGUCAUCCCUUGUAGACAUGUCCAUCAUCGGCGGGGAUUCUAAAAUGUGCCACGGAUUUUUGGGCACGCAGCUUGGUGUG